AUGCGUCUCACUCUUUCCACAGUGGAAAGCGUAUUCCUUGCUGAACACCAAACUUGUCCCCAACGAAACCUACUUUACGCCUUCGCUGCCCAAACACCAAUCUUGGCCCCAACGAAACCUACCAGUAGUACAAAACCCACAAAACCCCAGGAGCCAACUGCAAGAGAGAGGGGGGCAGCAGCAACCGGCGGCGGCAGGACCGGCCGCAGCCGCAGGAACCACCAGCCAGACGCCGGCGGCAUGGCUCGGAGCGGCAGACGCAGCGGCGCCAGCCCGUGCGACCUGGACAGGGAGUUCGCCCCCCAGAUCGCCCAGCUCCUCGCCGCCCCGCCUCCCCAGUCCGCCCAGGAAUACUAUGAGGAGCUCAUACAGUCCAAGAAACAUGACGGCAUAAGAGUCAACUACAAAGGCAAUCAUGGGAAAGGUGUUUGUGCAAACAAGGAUUUUGCUGAAGGAGACCUUAUUCUGAAGGAUCAAAUAUUGGUUGGUGCACAACACAGUCUUAACAAGAUUGACUGCGUCGUGUGUAGUUAUUGCUUCCGCUUCAUUGGUUCUGUAGAGUUCCAGAUUGGACAUAGACUGUAUUUUCAAAGCAUUGCUUCAAGCAUUGGCUGCAGCAGUGAGAGGCACUGUCAUGGAAGUGAUGUGGGAUCAAGCACUUGCUCUUCUGGUGUAACAAAGGAAAAGAGUAGUACUUUGCCAGAAGAGGUCAUAGAAUCACUUAUAACUGGCGAUGUGUCACUGCCUUUCUCAGACCACUUCGCUUUACCAGAAAUUGUUGCUUGUCAAGGAUGCGAGGAAGAACGCUACUGCAGCCAAUCAUGUGCAGAUUCUGACUGGGAAUCCUACCAUUCUUUGCUCUGUGCUGGCCCCAACACUGAACCACCCCGAAGAUCUGCUCUUCACAAAUUUGUAGAGCAUGCUAAUGAAACCAAUGAUAUUUUCUUGGUUGCCGCCAAGGCUAUCACUUUCACCAUGUUGAGGUACAAGAAACUCAAAAGACAGAAUGACUUCCAAAACAAAUCAGCUGAAUCAAACUUUUCUUUGCUUAUGGAAGCCUGGAAACCACUUUCUAUGGGCUUCAAAAAGAGAUGGUGGGAUUAUGUUGCUUUGCCUGAGGAUGUUGAUGCUUCCGAUGAAGAUUCAUUUAGACAGGAAAUAAGGGAUCUAGCAUUUACGUCACUAAAGCUUCUCAAGGAUGCGAUCUUCGAUGCUGAGUGUGCACCAUUGUUUUCCCUUGAGGUGUAUGGCCAUAUAAUUGGCAUGUUUGAGCUGAACAAUCUUGAUUUGGUCGUUGCAUCGCCUGUUGAAGACUAUUUCAUACACAUUGAUGAUCUUCCAGAUGAUAAGAAGGAGGAAGCUGAGAAGGCCACAGCGCCAUUGCUAGAUGCUUUAGAUGAUGACUAUGCAGUUCCUUGUGAUGGGACGGCGUUCUUUCCUCUUCAAAGCUGUAUGAAUCACUCGUGCUGUCCAAAUGCUAAAGCAUUUAAAAGGGAUGAGGAUAAUGACGGUCAUGCCGUGAUAAUCGCUCUGGGGCCUAUCAGCAAGGGCGAAGAGAUCACCAUCUCCUACAUCGACGAGGAUCUUCCGUACGAGGAGCGGCAGGCGGAGCUCGCGGACUACGGGUUCACAUGUACCUGCUCCAAGUGCCAGGAGGAAAAGCCCAACUGA